UCCUGUUGCCAUGGAAACGAAAGAUAUAAACAAACAAUAUUUAUACGAAUUUCUAAUAUUAUUUUUAAAUUAAUUUAGAAUUUAUUACAAUUUAUUAAAUUGUAAAAAAUAGACGUGAAAAUAUGAGAGCAAUUGAAAUUUUCUCAACUUCUGUGAAAUAUAAAUAUAAAACAACUUUGUGCUCUAUUAGUUCUUUUCUUGUUUUUUUCGUUUGUUUAAUUGUUGUUUUUGUUCCUGUUUAUAUUAUUUAUCAUGCAGGAGGUUUUUGGUUAAAAAGUCGAACGUAUCAUGAAAAUCCAAAAGUGAAUUUUAAACAUAAAUAUUUACUGAUCGCUGAAAAAGAGUCUGACGUUAAUCCCAUUAUUUGUUCUUCUUUUGUUAGCUACAAGGGCAAUGAGCUUACGGAUGAUUGUCUUUUAAUAAAGGUGAGAGAAAUCGAUACAAAUAAAGAUGGAUUAAAGGAUGUAUUAAAAUUUGAAGCACGCUUCUUUAGUAAUCAACCGAUACGAUCUUUAAAGAUUCUAUUGUUUUUUAAUCAUCAGCUGAAGAAAUACGUUCAUGUCACAAUGGAAACAAUGGGAGUUUUUGAUAUUUCAUUAAUUCAUGACGUGCAAAAAAUUUAUUUUCUAGGCGAUUUAACAUUACGACAAAAAGGUCUUUUACGACACGAUGGAGUUUAUAAUUUAUACAAUUUCAGUGCCGAUGGAAAUUUUCAAUCAUUGUCAGAAUUAUUGUCGGAAAAUUCAAAUAGAAUGUUUUCAGGGAGAAUAAUAAAUUCUCAAAUAACUUGGCAAAGUGGAUUUUUAAAUAGUGAAGAAAUUUUAUUGGAAGGAGAGAUUUUUUAUACGGAACAAUCAAUUAGAUAUAUACCAGGAAUUCUUGAGGAAUUGAAGUGGGCCUGGAUGCAAUAUUUAUCUUUACUAUUGAUAUUGAUUUAUUUGGGAAAAUGCGGUUUAACUUAUUUAUUUUCGAGUCGACACUUGAGAAGUUACAUUUUAAUUCCAUGGGAAAAGAAAAAUAAAUACCAAAAUUAAAG